UUUUGAUAUGAAGCAGACAUCACAAGUUUAUGUCGACAUGUUAUGAGAUAAAGUGAUUUGGACGAGAUACGGCCAUGCCUUCUGAUACAACACCUAUAUUGGGGGAUGGAGCAGGGGGAACUACUUCUUCCGGUCCUUUAUACCAUGACAGUUCACAAUCUCCGCGUUCUAAAGGAAUCCAGGUUCUGUUUGUUGCUACUGUAAUAAUAAUGGCUUUAGUGACUACGUCAUUAAGUAUAUAUAGAGGUAUAGAACUUGGUGGCUAUGCAUCGUUAUAUUUCUUGAUGGGCUCUAGUUUAAUUGGUUUGAUGAUAAUAUUGAUCAUAAUGAUAAUUUUCAUUCGAAGAGAUGACGUACCAAAAGAAAAGACGUGGUUUGUAUAUCUGAUGGGUUUAUUUAUUAUUUUAGAAGCAAUAUUUACAAAUGUCCUUAUAUUUAGAUAGCGCAUGGUUUUCCAAUGUGUUUUGUAUAUAGUUGUAUCUAUGUAUUUAUUUGUUGAAUAUAUUCUAGUUGUAUCCACAUUUACUUUUACUCGCAAUGGUUAAAUAUUGUUACUAUUUUCAUUUAAUUAUCUAUUUUCUAUUGAUCUAUUCUAUUGAUCUAUUUUUCUAUUUUGAUCAAACAAAAGUUUAAAUUUUUUCGGAUUUAUUUUUUAAAAAGGUAGAUAGAUAAAAUAUAGGCCAAAGCGAAGUCCUAAUAUAAUAUGAUUUAAAGUAUAUUUGAUAUCAUGAAGAUUUACUGUUCUUUUUCACCCUUUAUGAAUAAAUUUGUCUCCCCCAUU